AUGCCUGAAUUGUGUUUGACUAAUAUGUGUUUGGCCGGACAAGCAACCAGAUUAGAGAGCGAUAAUUUUAUCCUUUCACAUGGCGAAUUUCAUUUUCCUGAUAUUCAUGGGGCCAGGGUUUAUGGCUGUAAUUUUGCCGUGGAUAAUUAUCAUGACGGCUUGUUUCAGAAUUUAAACAUUCACCUUCCUGAGCAUUUGUUAAACGCGGUGAAUAAAAGGAAAGCUGAAUUUCUGGCUGGACGGUUUUGUGCCGCUAAUGCGAUGCAAUUGCUCGGAAUAGACAAUCGAACGGUUGAAGUUGGCGAGAAUCGCUGCCCCAGAUGGCCGGAAACCAUGACUGGCGCUAUUACUCAUACUGAUACUUCAGCGAAGUGUAUUGUCGCACAAUCAGCCUGGUCAGAUGUAGGUAUUGAUGAAGAGGUUUGGUUGUCAUCUGAUGUUGCCGAACAAAUAUGUCAUCAAAUUCUGAAUGCCAGGGAAAUUGAAAUUUUGCGAAAUACUGAUUUGUCAUUUGAAAAAGCCGUCACUAUGGUGUUUUCUGCCAAAGAGACCUUAUUCAAAGCAUUUUAUCGACUUAUCUGCGAGUAUUUUGGUUUUGAAGCUUUUGUGUUGGUGACUGAAGAGUUGGAUAAAAAAAGUGGCGUAUUAAGGUUUUAUCCAGAUAGUACCAUGGCUCAACGACUUAAUUUAACAACACCGGUUGCGGUUAAUUAUAUAACUCAGUCAGACGGUAUUUUGACCUACUACUUACCUGAUGUUAGUCAAGACAAAUGA